CUCAAAGCAAUAACCCUCUAGGGUUUUAGAUUUUUCCAGGGUUUCUACUCUUCUCUCUAUCUCUCUCAGUUUUGCUCCAUUGCUUUUGUUAUUUGUUAGCGACGAAAGAUGGGUACUGAAGUUUCCACCUCGCCGACAAGCCUAAUUGAUCAGACCGUCGUUCCAGGUGAUGUUGUUCUUGAUUUGUCAAACAUGACUAACCAAACAAUCAAGCUCGGCAGUGGUCUUUUUCAGGACAAUGAUGCGAUAUCUGCUAUGAGAGCUGGGAAGUUGAGGUACACUAAGCCAAAUAAGUAUUGGGUUGAAAGUUCUCAUAAAAGGUAUAUACCACGCCCUGAGGAUGCAGUUCUUGGCAUUGUGGUAGAUUCUAAAUCAGAUAAUUUUUGGGUAGAUAUUAAAGGACCCCAAUUGGCUCUUCUACCCGUGCUAGCAUUUGAAGGAGGAACAAGGAGAAAUAUACCCAAGUUUGAGGUAGGCACACUGCUUUAUGUUCGAGUUGUGAAGACAAACACAGGAAUGAACCCGGAGCUGUCAUGUACCGACGCAAGUGGAAAGGCUGCAGGAUUUGGUCCCUUAAAAGAUGGUUUCAUGUUUGAAACUUCCACUGGUCUAUCAAGAAUGUUAUUGAGUUCACCAACUUGCCCAGUCCUCGAAGCUCUUGGGAAGAAACUCUCUUUUGAGACUGCAUUUGGCUUAAAUGGGAGAGUCUGGGUGCAUGCGGCUGCUCCUCGUGUAGUGAUUAUCGUCGCCAAUGCGUUGAUGAAUUCUGAAACUUUAAGCGGGACACAGCAGAGAAUCAUGGUAGAGAAAUUGCUGGAGAAAAUUUCAGAGUGAAAAGAGCGUGUUGUAUGCUUUUACAUUUUAUCUCUCCAGUAUAAAAAGAUAACAUUUUGAUUCCCAUCUCUGUUUUUUAGUAUUUAGGCAGAGACAUAUAGGCUCGUACUGCUUCAUUUACAUUACAGUCAUAUGUUUCUCUUUAACAUGAUUAAAAGAAAAUGACAUGAUUAGCCGUUCAA